UAGGUCGAAUCUUUGAAUUACCUUUUCGCAUGGUGGUGAUGGUGGUCGCGUAUUCGCGUCAUUCUCUCAUAUAUUUACUGAUUUUCGUCAGAGCUGGUGAGAGCGAAUCGGCAGACAGUGCAAGGCGAUUCAAGUGAAUCGUUCUGAUACAAUUACGUGGAUAUUUUGAACGCUCGCUACAUAUAUACCUAAAUGUCUGAAUCCGAUCUAUUAGCUGGUGACCACAUUGAUGGUCUAGAUGGUCUUGAAAAUGGCCAAGAUGGAGAUACUAUUAUGCAGUGUGAUGGCGUGAAACGUGAUUUAGGCGAAGCAAACGUUGACGAUCCUGAAUUAGAAGCGAUUAAAGCACGAGUAAGAGAAAUGGAAGAGGAAGCUGAAAAAUUAAAGCAACUCCAAUCUGAAGUAGAUAAGCAGAUGAAUAUGGGUAGUCCACCUGGUAUUACAAGUCCAUUAAAUAUGUCAUUAGAAGAUAAAAUGGAAGUUGAUAAUCGGUCCAUUUAUGUCGGCAAUGUUGAUUAUGGCGCUACAGCAGAAGAAUUGGAGCAACAUUUUCAUGGCUGUGGAAGUGUCAAUAGAGUUACAAUCUUGUGUAAUAAGUUUGAUGGUCACCCUAAAGGAUUUGCUUAUAUUGAAUUUGCCGAACGUGAUUCUGUACAAACCGCAAUGGCCAUGGAUGAGUCUAUGUUCAGAGGACGUCAAAUUAAAGUAAUGCCUAAAAGAACAAAUAAACCUGGUUUCUCUAUGACAAAUAGGGGUCCCAGAGGUGCAAGAGGCUAUCGAGGUAUGGCUAGAGGAAUUAUUCGCGGUAGUGCAUACUUUGGAUACAGGCCUACAAGGCGUCCUAGGAGUUACAGACGUGGUUACUAUAUGCCAUAUUGACCAUUUUAAAGUGUGGCAACAUUAUUUUACAAGUGUCAAG